GUCUGAUACAGUAAAUCUAAAUUUUUUACAUUUUCAUGGAGGAUUGUAUUUAUUAUCUCUGAAAAUGCGACCAUUAAAGGCGUUUAUUGAGGAAUAACUGUGAUAUCAGAAAAAUAAAUUAUAUACCCACGAUUAACUAUAUUCCUUUUAGUCGCCAGUAGCUGCAAAUGUCAAUAAAAUCCUUUAACAAAAUAGCUGUUCCGAUUCUGAAUUUCAAACCAAGAUGUCUAUAGUGAGAUCGUGCCCAGGGCUGUACUGUGGCCGUACACAGUUGGACAAUGGCUCCUGGAGUGACUGCGGGGCAUGUCCUCGAGGUUUUCGCACGAACGCGUCUAGUUACUGCGAGCCGUGUACAGAUGUACCGACUUUGUACGAUUGGCAGUAUUUGGGGUUUAUGGUGCUUUUGCCGCUGGUGUUGCAUUGGUUCUUUAUUGAUAUGGUGUCUAUAGGCAAAGGAAAGCAAGGCAUACUGGCUCAACACUUCUCGGCAUUCUUCGAGGUAGUCUCUGGCACGCUAGCAGCCUUGCUUGUCCUGCCGCCGACCGGCAGCUUGGCAUUACAUGUGUGUACUCCAACAGCACUGUCGGACUGGUACACAUUGCUGCAUAAUCCUCAGCCAGACUAUAAGGAGACAUUGCAUUGUACACAGGAAGCGGUUUAUCCAUUAUACACAAUAAUACUGCUGAUCUACGCAUUCAGCUUACUGAUGACGAUCACUAUAAGACCGUGGGUGAUGACAUACCAUCCCCCGAACCCUGGAAAGAAGGCCAUAUACUGUGCUCUCUACUUCUAUCCUAUAUUGGUUCUUAUUCACACUGUUGCCGCUGGACUGAUCUACUGCUCAUUCCCCUACAUAAUCAUAAUCAUAUCAAUGAUGACAUCAGCGUCGCACUUCUCAAUCAAGCUCGACCAAUCAGCAUCAGCCUUACUCCUAUCUUCAAUAGCCAAUCCCAGGAACCUUGUAAUCCUAAUCGGCCAUUGGCUGGUGCAUGCGUACGGGAUUAUAUCUCUCACUGGGUUGAAGGAUCUGUGGUAUCUGAACCUAGUUCCUGCUCCGGCGUUGUUUUAUAUACUUACGGCCCAGUUUACUGAUCCAAUGAAGAUACAUAAUGAUUGACGGUAUUGGAAAACUGUCUGGAAAUAAUGUGGGUUAGUUGAGAAUGGACUUCAGUUCAAUCAUUUGAUAAUCGAAACUGGUCAAGCAACAAAUAAGAAAUGCCGCCUUAGUGGUAAUUUCUACAUACAAACGUACUCCACUCUUUCCUCCGUGGUUUUUGACCCUAGAGCAAUGAUUUUUUCAAAUUAGAUUAGUUUAGUACUGGGAUAAAUUAUUUCUGAGUUGGAUUUGCUACAAUAAUUAGAUUGGCUAGUUUGCGAGGAUCAGUAGACAUCAAAGAUAUGUGUCGUAAGGAAUUAAGGUGCAAAAGUGUAAGCUUAUUUUUUACGUCGACUGUAUUUAAUUAAUAUAUGUAAUCUAGAUAAACUCUAUUUUGAAAUAAUGUAAAUUCUAAAGAAAAUUGCAAGCUUAAAUUCACUCUACUGAUUUAUGGUAAGAGUAGCUGACGAUAUAGUUAAGAAAUAUUACCAGAUUAGUUAUUUAUUUAGGCUAAAUUACAUAUUUCAACAUUUAAUAUUACUUUUGACCUUUAAUGUUGAAUGCUUAACAAGUAACACGAGUGUCAUCAUAAAAUAUUAAAAGAAAAUCUUG